AUGAGAGGGGGGUUGAACUUUGCCAUUAAUCAAUAUUUUAGUGUGAGCGAGGAGGAGACGCUGUUGAGAGUUUCUCACUGUUAUUUGUCCACCACAUCUGGUCCUCUAGCCGGUCUCCUCUACAUCUCCACUGAAAAAGUUGCCUUCUGCAGUGAGAGAUCAAUAAAAGUUUUUAAUCAGAAAGGUCAAAUGUGUAGAAUCCGCUAUAAGGUUUCCAUUCCACUGAAGAAGAUCAAGUGUGUGAAUGAGAGUCGAAACAUUGAGAAGCCAACACAGAAGUACAUAAAUAUAGUCACAGUGGACAAUUUUGAUUUCUGGCUUAUGGGUGUCUUCAACUAUCAUAAAACUUUCAAAUAUCUUGAGCAAGCCAUUUCUCAAGCUUAGAUGUAUUUCAAAAAUCAAACAUAUGUAAAAAUUGAAGAACACUAUUAGAAGUUUAAGUUUCAACUGAAUUACUUACAUAACAAGUUUUCUGUUAGAAGUCUCACAUUGG